UGAGCUGGAAGGGAAAACGUUGCUAUUUCAAUUAAAAAUUUUCCUCAUAAUUAAUCAGGAACAGGUUUAUUGUGUUUUAGGAUGCUGUGGUUCAUUAGAAGAUUUCAGAAGAAUCCAAAUGUAUAAUUUUAUUUAUUAAAAAGGAUCUGGUUAUAUUUUCUGGUCAGGCUCUGCUGAGCAACAUGAUAGAGGAAACAGGGACCAUCCCAGGAUUUGGGCUUCAACAUGAUGGAUUCUUCACUUGGAUUACAGGAAAUGGGACCAUCUAUGGAGCAUGUGAACGCACCAUUGUCCUUGGCGUAGGUCUACGCUCUCCAAGGGCCAAUUCAGUUAAGUAGCCCUCUGAAGAUGUAAAUGCCAGCAGAACAGAUGGAUGGAGAGAACAUCUCAUCACUCUGACACCAUGUUUAUGCAAUCGCACACAAACACGCCGCACAAACACACUCCACAUGCACACACACACGCUCAUGUACGCUCAGAAGCAAGAUGCUGAUGGAGAUUUCUUCAGUCAUCAAAUGAUCAACAGGUGGCGCUGCAGUCACACUCUUCAUGCUUCCUGAGGACAAAGAGCUUCCAGCAACCUCAGUUGUCAUGAAGGCAACCAAAUCCAAGCAGCUCAGCUCUUUAUCAGGAAAUUGUGACACAUUCAUGUUUUGGUAUUCAUGUGACAGGCUGAUUUUUUUUUUUAACGUGAUGAUGUGACAUUUAUGACCUCAUGGCUGCUGGCAACUUUGAGGGUUAUCACUGCUAAAUGUCAGUUCUGACGUGGGACACUGGUUAUCUAAAUGAACUGUGCAUGUGUAUCCUCUGUUAUUUACCUCUAAUGGUCCCUACAUGCGGUUGUUGAAGAGAUCAUGACAAGUUUCUUUGGACAAUUAAGCAUAAGUGUCACUAUUGUUUAAUUUAAAGUUAUAACGGUGUUUUAAUAAGCAGUAAAGUGUGCUAUUACUUUCAGCAUCAGCUGUUCUAACCCCUACAAAUAAGCAAAUCCACUAUCUCCAUAGUCCAUCUUUUUGAUCAUAGUCUUCAUAAAUAGGCUGCAGAAAUAAUACAUUGGCGCAGUUAUGGACCACAGUACUGUAUGUCAUUUGGCUCAUGUCAUUUGAAUAACCAUUAAGGGAAGCAUCUGAGUGUAAGAGACCGCCCCAGUAUUCCGCUGCUGCAUCCAACUCGCUUUCACACUUGGGUUCAUUCACACACACUUUUCCCACCGGGAUGGAGCCGCUUCAGCCAGCGCGCAGAGCCAACGGGGAACACACACGCUUUCACACGGCACACAUGGCUGCAAAUUUAUGGCGAAUAUUUUCCACCUUGAUCUGGAUUUUAACACUAGUUUCGAGUUCGAGGACGAGGAUUUAUCCACCCAACGAAGUGACCCUGCUGGAUACGAGGACAGUGCCAGGAGAGCUGAAAUGGGCAGCCAGUCCUUCAGAGGGAGGGUGGGAAGAGGUCAGUAUAAUGGAUGAGAAGAACAUCCCCAUCAGAACGUACCAGGUGUGCAACGUCUUAGAACCCAAUCAGAACAACUGGUUGAGGACAGAUUGGAUCCCUCGGUCCGGUGCUCAGCGGGUCUAUGUUGAAGUCAAGUUCACUCUCAGAGACUGCAACAGCCUGCCAGGGGUCACCGGCACCUGCAAGGAGACAUUCAAUCUGUACUACCACGAGUCUAACGAAGACAGAGAGAGCUACAUCAAAGAGAGCAGCUUCAUUAAGGUGGACACUGUGGCAGCAGACGAGAGCUUCACCCAGGUGGACGUUGGCGACCGCAUCAUGAAACUGAACACUGAGGUGCGGGACGUGAAGGUCACGACCCGGAAGGGUUUCUACUUGGCCUUUCAGGAUGUUGGUGCCUGCAUCGCUUUGGUUUCCGUCAGGGUUUUCUACAAAACCUGCCCACUCACCAUCCGUAACCUGGCAACGUUUCCUGAUACUGUCACCGGGGCCGAUACGUCUUCGUUAGUGGAGGUCAGGGGGUCUUGUGUCAACCAGUCAGAAGAGAGAGAGGAGCCUAAAAUGUACUGUGGCGCCGAUGGGGAGUGGUUGGUUCCUAUUGGUGGAUGUCUCUGCAACCCAGGAUAUCAGGAGAAGGGCGGCUCAUGUAAAGCCUGUUCUGCUGGUUUUUACAAGGCCAAGUCUUCAGAUCCAGGAUGCUCCAAGUGUCCUCCACACAGCCACUCGCUCAGAGACGGGGCCACCGUCUGUGACUGCCACUCUGGAUUCUUCCGCGCUGACAGCGACCCUCCCUCCAUGGCCUGCACCCAGCCACCGUCAGCCCCACAGCAGCUCAUCUCUGUGGUGAACGAGACCUCGGUGGUCUUGGAGUGGGCCCCCCCUCGCCGGCUGGGAGGACGGAGCGACACCAGCUACAGUCUCGAGUGUCUCAUCUGUCAAACGGGGGGCCACAGUCAGACCGGCGGUAAAGCCCUCCCCCAGAAUCGCAGCGUCUCCCAGCCUGAAGCUCAGCACAGCGGUCUGGGGAUGCAGUCGGACCAGGGGAUUGUGGGAUCUAAAGUCCAGUCAGGCAGAGGCGUGUACCAGAGCAGACCAGGACCCGGAGAUUUCCCACGACUCAGCUCAGGCCCUGUCUCCAGCUCUCAGCUCUGCCUGCCCUGCGCCUCCGACGUGCUCUUCUCUCCCGACCAGACCGCCCUGAAGACCAGCAGGGUGGUGGUGAGCGAGCUGCGGGCUCACACACACUACACCUUCAUCGUCCAUGCGCGCAACGGGGUCUCCCAGGCCAGCGGGGCAGGGGCGGCACAGAGUGUGUCUGUCACCGUCACAACCAACCAAGCAGCUCCCUCUCCGGUCUCGUCCAUCUUAGCCACCGACGUCACCAGACACAGUUUGUCGUUGUCCUGGCAACAGCCGGAUCGACCCAACGGGGUCAUCCUGGAAUACGAGGUCAAGUUCUAUGAAAAGGAUCAGAAAGAGAGGUCCUACCGCAUAAUGAGGACCUUUUCUCAGAACGUCGAUGUCACGGGUCUCAACCCCCUCACUGUCUACGUGUUUCAUGUGCGUGCUCGCACAGCAGCUGGGUACGGAGAGUUCAGCACCCCGUUUGAAUUCGCCACUAAUUCAGAUCCCUUUCCUCUGAUUGGAGAAGGAGUUAACUCUGCCUUCCUGCUGCUGUCUGUCAGCGGGGUUGGAAUUUUACUGCUGAUAUCUGCAGCUGUCUUCAUCAUUAGCCGCAGUCACUUCUUCUGUCUCAUCAGGAGGAGCAAGUACAGUAAAACAAAGCAGGACUCAGAGGAAGAGAAACACCUUAACCCAGGAGUUAAAAUCUACGUGGAUCCGUUCACCUACGAAGACCCCGAUCAGGCCAUCCACGAGUUUGCCAAGGAGAUCGAAGUUAGCAGUAUUCACAUUGAGAGGGUUAUUGGCAUGGGAGAGUUUGGGGAGGUGUGCAGUGGUCGGCUGCGUGUUCAGGGAAAAAGGGAGAUCUACGUGGCCAUCAAGAGUCUGAAGGCGGGAUAUUCUGACAAACAGAGGAGGGACUUCCUGUCCGAGGCCUCCAUCAUGGGACAGUUCGACCAUCCGAACAUCAUCAGGCUGGAGGGCGUCGUCACAAGAUGUAAGCCAUUGAUGAUCAUCACAGAAUACAUGGAAAACGGAUCCCUGGAUUCUUUUCUUCGGAAACAUGACGGCCAGUUCACGGUGAUCCAGCUGGUCGGCAUGCUGCGUGGCAUCGCCUCAGGUAUGAAGUACCUGUCAGAUAUGAGCUACGUUCACAGAGACCUGGCAGCUCGAAACAUCCUGGUCAACAGCAACCUGGUGUGUAAGGUGUCUGACUUUGGCCUGAGUCGAGUUCUGGAGGACGACCCGGAGGCUGCCUACACUACAAGGGAGGCCACUGGGACUUAUCUUUCCCCCGGAGGGAAGAUCCCCAUCAGAUGGACGGCUCCAGAGGCCAUAACCUACAGGAAGUUCACCACGGCCAGCGACGUGUGGAGUUACGGCAUCGUCAUGUGGGAGGUGGUUUCAUACGGAGAGAGACCCUACUGGGACAUGAACAACCAGGAUGUGAUUAAAGCGAUAGAGGAGGGUUACCGUCUGCCAGCUCCUAUGGACUGUCCUGUGGUGCUGCACCAGCUCAUGUUGGACUGCUGGGAGAGAGAGCGGGCAGAGAGACCCACCUUCAGCCAGAUACUCAACAUGCUGGAUAAACUCAUCCGUAACCCUGGGACUCUGCGCCGGACAGGAGGAGACAGAACCACAGCCACUAUGUUGGAGUCAGGGCUGGGUUCAGAGGUGUGUGUGUCGGUCCUACCAGAGGUUUGUGUGCCAGUGUGGUCGGUGUGUGAGUGGCUGCAGUCCAUCGGGUUGGAGAGGUACAGAGACACUCUGGCAGCAGCGGGAUACACCAGCCUCGAAAGCCUCCUGGCUCUCACACAUCAGGAGAUGGACAGACUUGGAGUAAUCACACCAUCACACCAGGACAUACUAAUUGCUAGUGUGCAGCAAGAAAUGUUGUCUCAAAUGCAGCACAUGCAACACACGAUGGUUCCAGUCUGAGCAGGAGAGACGGAUACAAACCUGUUUUGAAAAGAAUUUCAUUUACCUCAUCCAUGCACUUUAGAGGGACUUUUCACCAGUGGAAAUACAACGAGUGGAGUAAAGUAGAAGAGAGAGCGUGAGAAGCAGCACUUUUGCAAACUUCCAUCCUGUGGAGUUUUCUAAAAAAAAAUCUGAUCUGGACAUGGCCGCCGAUAGCAUUAAGCUACUGAGAGCUUAGACUGAAGCCUCAUCCUCUUAUCCACUUCUAUUUUUCAUUAUUUUAUUAUCUGUUUUGUGAAGGCUGACAUUUUAAGGCUGUGCAUAAGCAAGAAUGGCUUCCAACUUUUUUCUUUUGCUGCUUUGGGCUUGACUUGAAUAAAAUGUGUUUUGUGUUUGCUCGUGUGUCUGCGUGUGUGUGGGUGUGUUUGUGUGUGUGCGUGUGCGUAGCGUGAAUGCACACAACAUGGACUCUCCUUUGUCAAGACUUCAGCUAUCUUUGAAUAUUCUGAAUAUGCAAAGUUACCCGAGAGAGAAAGAGAGAGGGAGGAGCCGGACUGAAUGUAGAAUCACUACGAGCUCUUACUAGUUUCAUACUGGAAUAUCAUACUAACUGACUGUAUGAUUCGCUUGUGUUUUAUAAUUGUUCUGUUCUUUUUAUUUUUUUAAUUGUAUUGAUUUCUGUUGAAUUAGACAUUAGAGUAGAAUGUCAUCCAUCUGUGUCAAAUGUACAUGUCUCUUGUUUGAUGCUAAGAAUUAGCUACAUGAAGCAUUUUGUUUAUUUAUGGUCUUUUUUAUAGUUUGUACAUUGUAAAA